AAACUUGAGAAAAGACUAAAAGUCAUCACAGAAGAGGAGAAGAAGAUGCCAGUCUUUGAAGCCCUAAAUUCAGCUAUGAUUUCAUCCGAUGAGUCCGAUGAGGAGGGUGAUGUCCUCAGAACAAGGCCCCUAGAGUGGAGAUCAGACGAAGUUUCCAUUUUUUUUCAAAAUUUGGACUCUCGCUAUAGAGAAAAUAUGUCCAACCAGCAAAGAAGGCAAUGUGUUAACAGACGGGUCGGCCCUCCAAGUACCAGAGACCAUAAUGAAGUUCCUGAGUCAUUGCUCUGGGCCAUUAAUUUGUAG